GCCCAGGCUGGCUGCUUUCCUCUUCCUUACCUCUACAGUGGUGCUAACCUAACGCUCGGCAAGACAGCCGCCGGCCGUCGAAACGCACGCCGCCGCACACCCUCUCUCUCCGGUCAAGACGCGCACGCCACACCGCCGUCCCCCGCUGAUAAGGUUCAGCUGUGGAUGACGGACCAGAUGAAUGCUGCGGCAAGUCUUAAUCCAAGAGCGAGAGCCACCCUGGUUCUCGCUGGGGAAUCGUUCACAGUCAGCUCCGAGUCCGGUACCCUGUCGGAGCAGCUGGCGGCAAUGAGGAAGAGGAGCAUGGUGAUACUCAAGGAGUACAUUACCAAGCACAACGCUCCGAACGAUGUCCCUGAUGAAUCCAUCGAGGGCUCAUCUGAUGAGGAGGGUGAAGCACUUGCCAAAACCCCGCCAAAGAAAUCUAAGAAGAAGUGAUCGUCCUAAAUCUCAUCAUAUUUAUCGUGCUCUUUCUUAGUCUCCUCUUGCAAAGAUCAGAGAACAUGCUGUCAUCACUUGCUACUAUUGCCCUGACACGAAAAAGAUCAAGUUAUCGUUAGGCACUAACUGCUUGUUUAUGGAAUUGUUAUCUGAAGAUAUGUGCAGGGGUAGUUUGCACCUUUCUGUACAAA